AUGGCGCUCUUCCUGAUGAGAAAAUGGGAGGACACAGUGCAAAGGGUUCAGAGUCUUCGGCAAGCGGUGGCCGAAUCCACUUGGAAGCUUCGUCAAGUCGAAUUUACUCAUUUGCGUCCCCUGGAAGAGUGCUUGACGGACUGGGCGGGUCUCUUCGCUGGCCUCUCUCACAUGCGCGGCGAGCUGCAGGGCAUUUCACGAGCCUCGGUCAUUGCAGUGGCCUUGGUAGGCUUGAAGGCUGUGCGUGUUCUGAACCGCGUAGUGGACACAGCCUUGAAAGAGCUCCUCAAGCAGCAGAGCUUCCUGUCCAGGGGCCUUUUCCUGUAUGCUGCAGGCUCCGGCUGGGCAAUAAUGUAUGCCUACUGGGGGACGAUUACCGAGCGUUUGAAUGCUGCGCGUGAGCGUGAGAGACUGCGUGAGGGCAGUCACACGGGUGAUUUGGAGAAUCGGGCCGAGUGGUUGGUCCAGUUAAUCCACAACCUGAAACGUCUUCCUGCCUUCUUUUGGUACUCAAGCAUGGUCUCCUGCCUCGUGUCACUGCAGAUAGGGCAGGCCUUGGUUGUGCGGUCCAUGAAGCGUCUCGCCGAAUCCUCCGCCGGCACUCGGCUGCUGCCACUUCUGGGGCUUGGCCUUUUCUUUUUCGCUGACGUUGCCAACAAGCGCACCGAGCAUAUCGUGCACGAGGUGGCGGAGGACGGACGCACUUUAGCGUCACAAGGGGAAGGCGAAGGAGACGCGGAGAAACAGUGUAGCGAGACCCAGGUCUGGGUGGAUUCUUCCUCCAUGGCUCAAGCUGCAAGCAUCCGACCCCACGGCGCUGCUCACAGUGUUUUGAAAAUGGGGAAUGGCUUGUGUGUGUCACAAGCUGAUGUGGUGGACUUCCCACCUGUGCACGAGACCUUCUAUCCAAUGUACGUUGUGAAGGUGUCCGACUUCCUGGAAAUGGAAGGUGUGCCCGAGCCUCACAGUGUCCUCCUCUCCGGAGGGCUAUUGCAUCAGUGGAGCCCCGGCAUGUUUGUUCUAUUUGUAAGCCAUCAGUGGUUGGGAGCCACGCAUCCCGACCCGCACGGACAGCAAGCCGCAAUCCUGCGACACACGCUGCAUGGGAUGAUCAGCGGGUCCUUGCACGUCGAGGAAGACUUGAUAUCCAUGCCAAUGGGAAAGGAAAUGUCGCCGCAGACACGAAAGCAGAUUGCAAGUGGGUACUUGUUCCUGGAUUGGUUUGCGAUCCCACAGAUUACUGCUAGGCAGGCGGGUGUGAAUGAGGACGUGACAAGGACAGAUGCUGCUUUGGCGGUGAAAAGUAUACCGUCAUAUGUGGAGCUUUGUAACCUUUUCGUGGCUCUGGUGCCCGAGCUCGUGCACACGGACACCAAAGUGCUCUGCAACUACACAUCGUGGCUGUCGCGAGGUUGGUGUAGGGCCGAAUGGUGGUGUCACCUGCUCUCCAACAAAGCGGACUCUAGCGUGAUUGUGGUCUACUCACCGCGAGAAGCGGAGUUCAUGUUCCCUCUGAAUUGGCAGCAGCACCUGGUUCGCGAGGGCAACUUUACCGUGGAGAGCGACCGCGAGACGGUGGUGAAGCUCGGGGAGGUGGCUCUGGACAGCAAAAUCAAGCACCUGGCAGCAGCCGGGCCGCUGAGCCUCUACCGCUACUACCUGGCGCAUCGCCCGAAGUUACUGGGUCAGCAGAAACAGACCUUCGAGGUGGACGACCUCCUGGAGAUGUUUCGCUACGAGAGCCUGCAGGAUGCCGUCAACGACGAGAGCAGUGUCAAUGCCCUCCUCUGUGCCAUUUUUGCCGGAGACGUCCAGAUGGUAAGACUGCUCGUGGAGCACAAGGCAGAUGUGAAUCGCAGACUGAUGGGCCUGAAUUCGCUGGGCUACUCCGAUACUCAGACGAUGCUUAUGGCCGCCAUCAAGUCGCAUCAAGAUCCAGACAUGUUGUCGGCUCUCAUCGAGCUUCGCGCUGAUGUGCAAGCAACCACAAGGGUUGGACUGGGAUGUGCAUACUUGGUGCGAGCGCCGGGUCAGCUUAAAGUUCUCAUUGAAGCCAAGGCCGAUCUGCAUACAUCACAUCUGCCUAUGGGGUUAAGCCCACUCUGUGGUGCUGCCGUGUGGUCUUGCCCAGAGACCGUCGCGGAAAUGCUGCGUGCACGCUGCGAUCCUAAUCCGAAGCCAACUGGCGCAGGCUAUUUUCCCCUGCAUGCAGUUGCGCUGCUGUCUCGAGGCAGAGCCUGUGCAGUGGAUGUUGCGAGGGUGCUGCUGGAGGGUCGUGCAGAUCCGAACGCUUGCGCUCUUCCCGAAAGCAAAUUCUUGUUUGCAGCCCGGCUAACGGGCAUGUACUCGAAAAUAUUCGGCUUCGCAUCCUGCUCGAUCGCCACAAAGACUUUGGCGAGCUUGCCUGGUCUGACUCCACUGGGUGCAGCUGCGUUGGUUGGGGAUGAUGCAUUGUGCAGAACGUACCUGGAGUACGGAGCGGAGAACAUUGCUAACGACAGAGGCGAUUUGCCAGAAGACCUGGCGCUUGCAAACGCGCAUGACCGUCUACUGCCCAUGCUUUCAACGUUUGCCGUGUAG